AUGGGGGACACUCCCAGCAAUUCCGUUCCCAGCAAGGACUCAAAGCUCACAUUUCGCCAAGUCAACGAGGACAACUGGCGCGCGGUAGCGAAACUGAGUCUUAAAGACGGCCAGACCGGCAACCUCCUCCCCAACGUAUGGUCCCUCUGCGAAGCGCACUAUGACGAAGACGCAUGGGUACGAGCCAUCUACGCCGACGAAACGCUUGUCGGCAUGCUCAUGAUGGCGAUAUGGGAUCCCGGUGAGGCCUACUACAUCUGGCGAUUCAUGAUCGAUGCCCGGUAUCAGAAUCUCGGGUAUGGCCGACGGGGCGUAGAAUUUGCGAUUGCGCAUAUACGACAGCAUAACCCUCGAGCAAAGCUGUUGAGGGUCAUGUCAACACCGCCCGAGGGAAAGAAGAGUGAGAAUCCAUUGGAGAAUGUGCGGCCUGAGGAUUCGCCAUAUAGGUUUUAUCAGAAACUUGGAUUCAAGGAGAUCGCGCCGCCGGAUGAAGAUGGAGAGAUCAUGAUGGCCAUAGACUUGUAG